AUGCAGUCACUAGCAUCGCCGAUGAUGCAGCCUCUCUCUCUUACUCAAUCUUCUCGCUCUAUCUAUACUCGUUUUCUUUCUAGUUCACUCUCUAAGUCCUUUUCUCCAAAUAUCAAAAGAUACCCUUUUUUUAUACAUAAUUGCAGUUCUAUCACUGCCAAACCUUCUUCUCAAGUUCGGAGGAGUAGCACCAAUAAAUCAGAACCUGACGAGAAGCUAAGUGCUCUUCGUGAGCUGUUUUCCAAGCCUGGAAUUGGCAUUGAUGCCUAUAUCAUACCUUCUCAAGAUGCUCAUCAGAGUGAAUUCAUUGCUGAAUGUUAUAUGCGGAGAGCCUAUAUAUCAGGAUUUACUGGUAGUGCUGGCACUGCUGUUGUCACCAAAGAAAAUGCAGCUCUUUGGACAGAUGGUCGUUAUUUUCUUCAGGCUGAGAAGCAGUUGAACUCUAGCUGGACCCUUAUGCGGGCUGGUAAUCUAGGAAUCCCAACUACAAUUGAAUGGCUCAAUGAUGUACUGCCUCCUGGAGCAAAAGUUGGUAUUGAUCCUUUUCUUUUUUCUUUUGAUGCUGCUGAGGAGUUGAAGGAUGCUAUAUCUAAGAAGAAUCACAAGUUGAUUUACUUGUAUGAUUUAAAUCUCGUGGAUGAAAUUUGGAAGGAGCCAAGGCCAAAGCCUCCAAACAAACCAAUAAGAGUGCAUGACAUUAAAUACGCUGGAGUGGAUGUAGUUUCGAAGUUGUCUACCCUCAGGUCUCUGCUUCUUGAUGCUGGUUCAUCUGCAAUAGUUAUUUCUAUGCUUGAUGAGAUUGCCUGGCUUCUGAACUUGAGAGGUGGUGAUGUACCUAAUUCACCAGUUAUGUAUGCAUACCUAAUUGUGGAGAUUGAUGGUGCCAAAUUAUUUGUGGACAAUUCUAAAGUCACACCUGAAGUUUUGAAUCAUUUGAAGAAUGCUAGUGUUGAGUUGAAGCCUUAUGAUACCAUCCUUUCUGAGAUAGAAAGGUUGGCUGCACAAGGGACUGAACUUUGGUUGGAUACUUCAUCUGUUAAUGCUGCUAUAGUCAACACCUACAAGUCUGCCUGCGAUAGACAUCUCGCAGACUUUGGAAGUAAAAAUCAUAGCAAGAAUGAUAAAUAUAAUGGCUCCAAUUGUCAAUCCUGGGGACCUACUGGAGUUUAUAGGGCAUCACCUAUAUCUCUAGCAAAAGCAGUGAAGAAUCCGGCUGAGCUAGAAGGCAUGCGAAAUUCCCACUUAAGGGAUGCAGCUGCUUUAGCACAGUUCUGGGCCUGGUUGGAAGAAGAAAUUCACAAGGAUGUGAAACUAACAGAAGUAGAUGUUUCAGAGAAACUUCUUGAGUUCCGUUCGAAGCAGGCUGGUUUUGUGGAUACUAGCUUUGAUACAAUAUGUGGUUCUGGUGCAAAUGGUGCUAUCAUACAUUACAAACCUGAACCGGAUAGUUGUAGUGUUGUGGAUAAGAAAAAGCUAUUGCUAUUAGACAGUGGAGCUCAAUAUGUUGAUGGAACAACUGACAUAACCAGGACUGUGCACUUUAGUGAGCCUACUCCACGCGAGAAAGAAUGCUUCACCCGAGUUCUGCAGGGUCAUAUAGCUCUUGAUCAGGCAGUUUUCCCUGAAAAUACACCUGGUUUUGUAUUGGAUGCAUUUGCUCGUUCUUCUUUGUGGAAGAUAGGGCUCGACUAUCGUCAUGGAACUGGACAUGGUGUCGGAGCUGCAUUAAAUGUUCAUGAAGGCCCUCAAAGCAUAAGCUUUCGAUAUGGAAAUACUACCCCCUUGCAGAAAGGCAUGAUCGUAAGCAAUGAACCAGGGUAUUAUGAAGAUCAUGCUUUUGGCAUUCGGAUUGAGAAUCUCCUGCAUGUGAAAGAGGCUGACACUCCAAAUCGCUUUGGAGGAAUAGAGUAUUUGGGUUUUGAAAAACUCACUUUUCUCCCUAUUCAGACUAAAUUGGUAGACUUAUCCUUGCUCUCUGCGAAUGAGAUUGAUUGGCUUGAUGAUUACCAUUCACAAGUCUGGGAGAAGGUUUCACCACUGCUUGAUGUUGACAGUCCUGCCCAACAAUGGCUUUGGAACAACACGCGACCACUUGUCAAAAAGUGAUUCCGAUCUUAUGUUAUUAUUGUAUGUCUAAUAAUUUCAAAUAACAAAGAGCCUUGAGUUCAAUCUUUCUAUCACCGAACUAUUUGUACAGGUAGAGUAGAUAUUAUACCCCUCAACAGAAUUAUAUUUGUCCUUUAGAAUUUCUGUUUAAAAUUGUGUAGUUAAAAUUGUGUAUGGCUUUGAUCCAGUACCCAGAGAGCAAAUAAAGACAUGGAAAUUAGCAAGGUUUAACGUGGGAAUAUCCUUCCCAUUA